AGGCCUAGCGACAGCAGGAGGGCCAGAAGCAGCCGAGCAACAGCGAGAGAAGGUCGGAUACAGAGCUGUGUACAGGCCAGGCGCGAAACACACACCCCCAGCCCUCAGUCGCUGUAUUUAUAAUUUAUAUACUUUACUAACGUUUUUUUUUGCUUAGCUUGUUUCUGAGUUGAGUGCAAACGAACAGGACAGUGCGUGAUAAAGAAGCGAGGAUGUUGGUCCCCGCGGGAAGAUAAUGAAGAGGCUGUGUGUGUUGUUGCUGUGCCUCACUGUAGCUCUCCUGUGCUGGUCUUCCAGUCGUCAUGUCCAAUGUUCAGAACAGCCGUCUUCAGGCCCAGAACUCGCUGCACAGGACGGUAGCCCGCACACGACACAGGAGAAGGGGGCUAACGAAAAGGUUGAGGAGGAAUGGGAAUCAGAGUUAUCAUACAGCGUGGGUUUGGAGACAGAGAGGGCUGCACUAGAGGAGCAGCUCAUACAAGACGCAGCAGAAGAAGACAAACCUGAAAAGGCUGUGAAUAUAGUAGAGCAGGUGGUGGAAGAGGUAAACGUUGUGCCGGAAACACAACCAACAGAGGCACAUCCCAACUCUGACCAACAAGAACCUGCUCAAACACAACCCCCACCAUCAUCGUCAUCGUCUCAGUCAUCGUUACCAUCAUCAUCACCUCCACCACAUCAGGUGGAGACAGAGCUCCCUAAGGCCUCGCCUUCUCUGGACCACACUGCUGCUGCUGCUGAUACUUCUCCACCUGCUGAACCAUCCUCAGAUCUCCACAUAGACCCAAACACUAAUGCGGAUGUCAGCGCUGACUCCGGGAAUUCACUGGAACCAGCGCCACCUACCUCACACACCUCCCUGGAAAGCCCCUCCAGUGCACUAGAGGUUGCCAGUGCUGGUGCCCCACUAAAGAACUUUAGUGCCAGUCAGUGUGAGCUGGGCUCUGUGGCCCUCUCCAGCCAGCUCCUUGCCUCUGGCUCCACACUCAGCAGUGUAUUGGUGGAAUCAGUGGAGAAUCAGGAUCCAGGGACCAAUGCUGACCUGACUGCCUCUCUGGAUUCGGCUGAGCCGGACCUCGCAGAGCCGGAGCACACAGUCAAUGCCUCGUACCCCCCAGAGGACCAGGAAGUGGUGGCUGAACCCGAGGGAGGGACUGAUCCCCCUGUCCCUGGUAAAGAGGACAUCCCCACCUUUGAUGAGUGGAAGAAGAAAGUGAUGGAGGUGGAGGAGAAGAAAAGUCAGUCUUUGCACACCUCAUCCAACGGCAGCCCCCACCCAGUGAAAAAGAUCCAGAAGAACUUUAAGAAUAAUUACGCCUCUGUGGAGUGUGGGGCCAAAAUCCUCGCAGCCAACAGUGAGGCCAAGAGCACUUCUGCCAUUCUAAUGGAGAAUAUGGAUCUUUACAUGCUCAACCCCUGCAGUAAUAAGAUCUGGUUUGUUAUUGAGCUCUGUGAACCGAUCCAGGUGAAACAGCUGGACAUUGCAAAUUUUGAACUCUUCUCCUCCACGCCAAAAGAUUUCCUGGUGUCGAUCAGUGACAGAUACCCGACCAAUAAGUGGAUCAAGCUUGGCACCUUUCAUGCACGUGAUGAGCGCACAGUGCAGAGCUUCCCCUUGGAUGAACAGAUGUAUGCCAAAUAUGUUAAGAUGUUCAUCAAGUACAUAAAGGUUGAGCUGCUCUCCCAUUUCGGUUCCGAACAUUUUUGCCCCCUUAGUCUGAUCAGGGUGUUUGGUACCAGUAUGGUGGAGGAGUAUGAUGAGAUUGCUGACUCUCAGUAUCCCUCAGAGAGGGUUGAGUACUUGGAUGAGGAUUACGACCUCCAUUUCAUAGAUUACCCCCCAGGAUACCUUCCAUCUGAAGACAAGGCAUCAAAGAACCUCCUGGGUUCUGCUACAAAUGCAAUCCUAACGAUGGUCAAUAACAUUGCUGCGAAUGUGCUCGGGGGGAAGCCAGAGCUUGAAGAUGGAGCUCAGAUGGAAGGUAAUAUGUCAUCAGGGACCGAGAACAUCACAGAAGUCACCGAAACUACACCAAAACUCACACCAACCCCGACACUCACGCAGCAACAAGAAAUGCUGCAGACUCCAGAACUGGAUUCCACUCUGGUGAAGCCGGAUCCAGAAGUACCCAUUCCCGAGUCUCCCUCUACUCCUUCACCUGAGGAGAGUCGCAUUGUUAUCCUCAUUGAAGAUGAAGAGGAAGAGCCAACCCCACCCACGGUGACCCUACUGGAGGAGGAACGUGAUGAGGAGAGGCGUCGCGAAGAGGCACAUCUCAGGGAGAGCGCCUUUUACUGCUCUCAUCUUUCCACUUUGUCCUGCCUAGCCAGCCUCCAUGAGCACCUCCACCUCUGCUGUUCGGCCGUGCUGGCUCUGCAGCGGCUACGCCGAGAGCGUCACGCACAUGCCAACUCAAACACACUAUCAACAACGCAAGUCCCAGACCCCAAUCUAAAUCAAACCCCCUUGUCACCCUCUGAGAAGUCUUCGGAAGUAGAGCCGACACAAAGUGAAGAGACUGCGCCUGCAGACACGCCCCCUGUUACUCUGGAUCCAAUCACUGAUCCCCCAAUUUUAUUAGAGCCAAGUCAUACCUCCUCCCUUCCCCAUCACAGCUACUCUGAGACUUCUCUCUUCAAAGCCACGCCCACUGAGGGCAUUCCUGACUCUCUGCCCACAGAUGAGCCCCAAGAUCUGAUACCACGAUACAUUGAGCGCGUAACCGAAACGCAGACUCUCACCUUUAGCAGCACCUCUCUCGGUUCCGCCGUCAUUUCCACCACCUCCUUCAUCCUCACUCCCACCGCUUCACUUCUCAUCCCUGAGUCAACAGAGCUCCUCACGCCCACCAAAGAGCAGCCUGUCCAUUCCAUUCCCACACACAUCCGGCCUACAGAAAUCCCACCUCCCACAGAACUGCCUGUGCCUGGCCCAGAGCCUUCUGCAGGCAUUGAGGAGCAGCACGAUGCUGCUCACCUCGCUUCUCAGGAAGAGCCUAUGGAGGAGGUGCAGAGCACACUACAGCGCACCGCCACAGACUUCUACGCUGAGCUGCAGAACUCAAGCGAGCCGAGCUAUGGGAACGGCAACGGCAACCACGUGCAUGGCUCCAACCAGAAGGAGUCAGUGUUCAUGAGGCUUAACAAUAGGAUCAAAGCCCUGGAGAUGAACAUGUCGCUCAGUAGCAGAUACCUGGAGGAGCUCAGCCAGAGGUAUCGUAAACAAAUGGAGGAGAUGCAGCGGGCGUUCAAUAAGACCAUCAUUAAACUGCAGAACACUUCCAGAAUCGCAGAGGAGCAGGAUCAGAAACAGACAGAGGCCAUCCAGAUGUUGCAGAGCCAGCUGGAGAAUGUCACCAAGCUCAUGCUUAACCUGUCUGUCACUGUGGGCCAGUUACAGAGAGAGGUGUCGGACAGGCAGAGUUACUUGGUGGUGUCUCUGGUGUUGUGUCUGGCUCUGGGCCUGCUGUUGUGUAUGCAGUGCUGCUGCAGCUCCUCCAAUAACAGAAGCUCUUCGAUCCCCGUGAGCAACCACUACCCCAGUCCCAAGAGGUGUUUCUCCUCUUAUGAUGACAUGAGUCUGAAGCGGAAAACUUCAUGCCCUCUCAUACGGUCCAAAUCAUUUCAGCUUCCCCCUUCAGAUGUAGGUCCUGAUGACUUGUACAUUGUAGAACCUCUAAGGUUUUCUCCAGAGAAAAAGAAAAAGCGCUGCAAAAUGAAAGGAGAGAAAAUGUCUGUGACAGUUGCUAACUGCAGCCCUGAAAGGGAGAGUGUAAGCAUGCCUCAGUUCCUGCCAACAACCUGCGACGGCGACGCAUCCACCUGCUCAUCCAGAGGGGUCGUAGCCGAGGGCAGCUCUGAAGGCUCAUCUUCCUCCUCCUCCUCAUCUACAGCAUCGGAUGAGUCCAGCUCCAGCAUCCCUUCCGUUAACGGCCACUGUGUGGGUCUAAAUAACGGGCAGCUCCCAAUGGCCAAGAGCAAGACAGAGAAGAGGUCUUUUAAGCGCAGGCGGUCUAAGAUGGCUGAUCAGCAACAGCAGCCACAAUCACAUGGGCGCUAUGGGGCAGGGUUACUGCACACCCCACUUCCAGUGGCAACGUGCGUCAUGCCGACGCUUCAGCAGCUGAUGAAGGGAAAACAGGAACUCGGCAUGGGGACUUUUGGAGUAACGGCUGUCACUGGCCAUGUCUGAGAACCCUUUCUUCAGCACUAUAUCACACACUCGUGUAACACACAGCUUUAUAGACUGAAAAAGUGAUUGAAGCGCUCCGUCAGCUAGGAGGAAAGGGGCGGACGUUUUUGUGUUGUGUUUUUUCUCACUCUUUCUCUCUUUCUCUUCCUUCCUCUCACACUAUUCACUGAGCCAGACUCUGCCACGUAUGCUCAAGCACAGAGAGAAAUUUGGACUCCACGACAGUAACACGACCCUCGUUUCUCUCAAGUAUUUCUAUCCUUUCGUUCUAAAAUCCUCUCCUCUUUUAUGUGCCUUUAUUUGUCCGUUAACAAACUAAAAACAGACCACAGAUCAAGGUGAAGGGUCCUUAUAUUGUUUUCUGUCAUUUUUGGAGAGAAAUUCUAUUUUAUUUCUAAACGGGGUGGGAUACAAAAAAAAUGACUAACUUUUGAGAAGUAUGACUGAGUCUCUGAGUCGCUGAGAUUUUUUUUUUUUUUUUUUUUUUUUUUUUUUUUUUUUUUUUUAAAUAAUACACAAGUGGACCAGCCGGACAGCAAUGGAAGGCCAGGAGUGGACUUUCUCCAGACUCUCUUCCUACACACUACCACAGAUCUCUGUCCACUCUCUUCCUUUCACACCCACUCUGAUUUUCAGUAUGGUCAGUGUUAGCUUCAUUCUCUAGUGUUCACACUUUCCCCUCGGUUGUUGGGAAACAAGUUUAUUUUUACUUUCACACUCCCUCUUGUAGGCUCUUUCUUCUGUGUGGGUGUAUGUGUACCUCUAGUUGUGUCUAGUCACUGUGUAGUGGGACCAGUGUACAUGUGUGUGUAUGUGCGUUAGUGUGUGUGUGUGUGUGUGUGAGUGUAUGUGCAUCACGUAGCAAGUGGCUCUGUAGCACUUUAACAUCCAUCAGUCCAAUGAGCAGAACUGAAUGAAGAACAGAUCCAGCCAUUUUCCUUGCCUUUUCAUUUCUCUCUCUCUCUCUCUCUCUCUCUCUCUCUCUCUCUCUCUCUCUCUCUCUCUCUCUCUCUCUCUCUGUGUGAUUUGAAGUGUUAAUUUAACAAGUUCAGGCAGGGCCUGAACUCCGCAAACUUAAACACACACGUAUAGAUUGGAAAGACACAAUAAUAGAAGUUAUGAAAUUCAUUCAGGCAUUUUACUGCAGACUCCAGACUCCAGGUUGUUUCUUCAGCUUUCUGUGCUUUUAGACAGCUUUAGUUCUUUUAUGACAGUGAGGCAAGUUUAUUCCUAGUUUUAUUCCAAAUGGCCAGUUCCAUGUACAUAUCUGUUACAGGUACAAAUAAAUAAAUACAUAAAUAAUUCUAUAUAUAUUGUUUGUCCUGACCCCCCUGCACAGUGAACUCUGUGUGUACUGUUUUAUUUAUAUAUUUAUUUAUUACAAUGUCACUGUUGACUUGGGUUGAACUUAAGGUCAUGGGUUAACAGAGGACGUUUUAGCCCUUACAGUGCCCCUGUGGGGUGUCCUCAAUAUUUAUUGAAAAUCAGUAUUGUGCACAUGCGCAUGUGCGCACACACAGAAUACACACACCAAGUUGUGAAACAUGCAAUGGUACGCCUGUGGUUUUCUCGUUUUCUUCCUUCCUCUUUAUGUAAUUCUGAGAAGCUGGAGUCUGAGCGCUAGCCAAAUGCCACCCACUACACAUCACACACAUCCUUAAUAUUUGACUAGUUUCAUUAUCAUUAUUCUUAGUAUUCCUAGUAUGUGAUGAGCCAGAUGUCAGACACUGGGUAAAACACAUGCGUCUGGCUCUUCCUGAGGAGAAAAAAAAGAAAAAAAAAAAGCCAUUUUGUGUUAUAGGUGUUUGUUGAUGGAUCUGUUCGGAUGAGUUCUUCAUUGUAUUGGUUGCAAUUUUAAGAAUCCUUUGUGUGUGUGUGGAAAGCUGCUGUUCCUGCUGAUUUCUAAACUUGUAUCUUUCUCAUUCCUAUGUACGCCACUGUGCAUGAAGCCACACCUUUAUUGGCAUUCUUUUACUGUGUCAUGUUCUCUUUGUCUGUCACUUUUAUCUGUGUCCCCGUGUGUGUGUGUGUGUGUGUGUGUGUGUGUGUGUGUGUCUCCGUCUUUGACUGGCUCACUGGACCGCUCAACAGCCCACUCUAGAUUUAUGCCAUUAAGUCAUUUGUUCAUGUGUAGUGUCUUUAGUCGUUUGGGUAAUUUUUUCACUCAUUCAUUUCACCUUGUCUCUGAUCAGUGCUUUCGAAGGAAUGUGAACUUUGUCUGAAUGGUAACAAAGGGAAAGGUUCAGGUGGUUUUGAACACACCAUCUAAAUGUGAUUUCACUGAGUUAUUCCACAUUCAGAGGGAGGUUUUAUAAUGUUCUCUGUUUAAUCAUGUUCUCCUUUCUAUAUUGUUUUGAAUGUAUAUGAAAAUGUACUUGUUUGUAAUUUGUUUCGAGUGUGUAUGGGUGUUUUAAACUGUGUGGAAGAAGAUUAAUUAACCAUAUAACCCCAGUGAUUAGAGCCCUGUGUCUCAGGCUCUCACUCCCUCAGCACUUUGGAGAACUCCUCAUGCCUUUUUUUUUUUCUUUUUCUUUUUUUUUUUUAUUAUUAUUAAAUACACUAGCCCUUGUUUAAAGUGCUUCUCCUUCCAAUGCUUUUCUUGGUGUCCUCUAGUGGCCAUGGGUUUGUGUAUUGAAGUGGCCAGUAGAAGAUGCCAAAUUUUACACCAGAUUAUCUGUGAGGAUGAGACACACAGUAUUUUUUUUUGGAAACAGGUGUAACUGUAACUACAAUGAUGUAGUGCCAAUAGAAACUGUGAAUUUCUAAAUAAAGACACUUUUUCUUUCAUUGUA